CUUAGACCCAACCCUGCACUCAGAGCACCUACCCAACAGCAUUUCCAUUGGGAUCACCGCUCCCAUCUCCAAGGCAUCAUCUCUAUCUAGUCCUUCUCAAUGGCUGCCACCAUGGCCCUCUCCUCCCCUUCCCUCGCCGGAAAAGCGGUGAAGCUCGCUCCCUCGGCCUCUCCCAUCCUCGGGAAUGGCAGGGUCACCAUGCGGAAGACCUCGACCAAGCGCGUCCCCUCCGGCAGCCCAUGGUACGGGCCAGACCGUGUCAAGUACCUCGGCCCCUUGUCUGGGGAGCCCCCGUCCUACCUGACCGGUGAAUUCCCCGGUGACUAUGGGUGGGACACUGCUGGUCUCUCGGCCGACCCUGAGACCUUCGCCAAGAACCGGGAGCUCGAGGUCAUCCACUGCAGGUGGGCCAUGCUGGGUGCCCUCGGCUGCGUCUUUCCGGAGUUGCUUGCCCGCAAUGGCGUCAAGUUCGGCGAGGCCGUCUGGUUCAAAGCGGGAGCUCAGAUCUUCAGCGAGGGCGGUCUGGACUACCUGGGCAACCCGAGCUUGAUCCAUGCUCAGAGCAUUCUGGCCAUCUGGGCUUGCCAAGUUAUACUGAUGGGUGCCGUCGAAGGGUACCGCGUCGCCGGCGGUCCCCUGGGUGAGGUCACCGACCCUCUGUACCCUGGGGGGAGCUUCGAUCCCUUGGGCCUUGCCGAUGACCCGGAGGCGUUCGCAGAGCUUAAAGUGAAAGAGAUCAAGAACGGCAGGCUAGCCAUGUUCUCCAUGUUCGGUUUCUUUGUUCAGGCUAUCGUGACCGGGAAGGGCCCGUUGGAGAACCUGGCCGACCACCUUGCGGAUCCUGUUAACAACAAUGCUUGGGCCUACGCCACCAACUUCGUGCCCGGAAAGUGAGCCUGGCAACCUUAAUUAAUUUGGUGCUUAGAAAUUCUUCAUCUGUUGUGGUUUUUGUUUGAAUUGAAAUUGUUGGCGUGGUGUGCAUUAAUCCAGUGCAAUAUUGUCCUCGCUCUUAAGAGCCA